CGGGCCAUGGGCGCGGCGCAGGAGGCCCAGGCCUGCCUCGCCUUCUACCGGGGGCUCGGGCGCAGGGAGCCGCUGCGGGGGCUCUGCCGGGCCCUGCUCGCCUUCCUGCAGAAGCUGCAGCAGUUCGCGGGGGGUUCUGUGAAGAGAUGUAAAGAUAAAAAUCUGGAGGAGGCUCUUCUGCUCUUUCAGGAGCUCAGCAAGGGGAUAUGGGAACUAGACGAUGCCGACGUGCUUCCCUUAGUGCGCUGCGUGCUCGCUUUCCAAAUGGAGACGACCAGCAGUUCCAGCUCCUUCCAUAAGCUCGAGCAGAUUGUUACGAAGUUGUCGGAAGGUAAAGAAUCCCUGGUUGCUGAGGAAGUGAAUAAGUUAAUGAGCAGCCUGACCGAGUACAAACAGGUGCUGUCUCCGGGAGAGCUCCAGACAGUUUGCAUGUUCAUAGAGGAAAGCAGCCUAGGGCGACACCACUGGAGACUCGGCCUAGCCCCACUGCUGCUGCGUGUAGCUGCCACGUUGAAUUGGGUGCUGCAGGACCCAGCGGCAAGGAGCGGGGAGUGGAGUUAUGUCACAGUCAAGACCUGCCUGCAGCUUUUCCAGGCGAUGCCAAAGGAAGUGUCGCCUCUGGUGUGGAGCGAAGCCGAGAACAGUGAAAUCCUGCAGAGCAUUUUGGGAUCUCUGCUGCAAGUCAUCAUGGGGCAGACAGCUAACAAGGACGCCCGCCUGCUGGCCAGCACUGCCGUGAGCAUGUUGGUGAACACUGCUGCUGAGCCAGAGAGAGGGGCCAGAGCUGUGCUGACUCUUUUCCAGCUAGUCGACCAAGGACCAGGAGAGCUGAGAUUUGGGGAACUGAAGGUGGAGACGUCUGUCCUGAGUUCAGACGGCUUAGCGAGACUGGUGCUUACUAGGGGUUUAUUAACUUGCUGCAAGAAGGAGAUCCUGAGCUGCCGGCUGGACAGCGUCGCACCCCAGGCUUGUCUCUUGCUGGACGUGCUGUUUCCAGCUGUCUGGGCUGUGAGCGAAGAGCAGAAGGAUUAUCAUUACUACCGUUUCCAAGUUUUCUCCCUCUGGCUGCAACGUGUCCUGCAGUGUCUGCCCGAGAUCCGGAAAGUCAAGGAGAGCCGCAUGCUGGCUGAGAACUCUGAACUGCUCCACAGGCUGUGCCAGUUCAUCUGGAACAAUGCAGAAAGCCCGGUGGAAGGGGCGUCAGAGUUCAUACAUAGCUCCUUCCAACAUCUCCUGGAGAUCUACCGCCUGGAGUGCCAUCGCUUCGAGGACCUGGAGAGGCCCCUCUAUGAACAGUUCCUGCAGAGAAUUAUCACAAUGCCCUGGCAGGUCAAAGCCAGAUACUUCCCCCUGUGUGCCAUUCUCCCCUACGUGGGCACAGAGAAAGUUCUGGAUACCUACAAGGAUCUUCCCCAGCACCUUCUGAACUGCCUUUCCACUAACCACCUGUGCCCAGCUGCAUCAGACGUGUAUAAAACCAUUUUGCAACAGCAGCGCAAGCAGUGGAUUGAGGGAGCGGAACCUGCCACAGAGGAGGAGCUGGCUCAGAAGUGGGCACUGCACUGGCUGCCCACCCUGGUCAGUGCUUUGACCUCUCCCAUCUCCUUCCUUCAGAGCAACGCUUCCAACUACCUUCUUGUCUGGACUUUGCGGCUCUUCCCCGCCUCUUAUGCUUUGCUUGCUGAGAGCUGCAGUGGUGGGGACUCUGCCCACCUUCGGGCGUGGGUCACCCUGCUGAACAGCCGCAAGAUCAUCACCGGGGCCUUGCCCCUGGAUGGGGAGACUUUGGAAAGGCUCUGCUGCUGCUUGCACUCCAGGGAGGACAAUAUUCGCCUAGCAGCACUGGGUCUCCUGUGUUGCAGCCCCAGGACCAACCAGGCCUUGUCAGAGGUGGAGGUCCGUCUACUGAAGGAAUUCUUGCCACUGAACCUGAACUGCGACUCGUCCUCUUUCCGGCAGCUGCUUCAGGCUGCAGUGAGGAAGGCUCUGGUCAGGCUGAGGGACAGCGCGCUCUCUCAGCUGCGCGGCAAGAUGCAGAGCAAAGCUACCGAGCGCUCAGCCGGCGCGGAUCCGGAAGGCGCACUUGCACCAGCAGUAGAUUUUGUGGAGUGGCUGCUGCAGUUAAGCAUUUCCUUUCUGAGCCCAGGGUCAAAUUACCAGAGGAAGAAGACUGCCCUGCUGCUCCUGGCCGCGGUGCUGGAGACCUGCACCGACACUUGGAGCCCCGCCAGGAAGAAGGGGCAGCCUCCACAGAACAUGGCAGCAUUGUUGAGCUGGGCCGGGCAGAAGGGCUGCUGGGACUUUUUCUCUAGAAGCAACUUGUUGGCACUGCUGAGCUGCUUGCAGGACAGUACGAAUGAGGUCCGAGAGCUGGCAUCAGAGCUGCUCAUCCGCUACUUUCCACCGGCUUUCCCAGAACCCAUUGCUGUGGCUCUGUUUGAGCGUGCCCGGGAGGCUGUGAGCAGCCCCAGAGUGCAGGAGGCAGAAGCAGGAGCGGUGUUGAUGAAAACCAUCCUCCAGAAGUCAGACGGCAGCACCUUGAAGAGACUAUUCCCAGAGGGAAAAGCAGCGCCAACUCCGCAGCACCGAGGCCUGUGCUUUGCUCAGUAUCUUCUUCGCAUGUUGCAAGCUCACUACGCCAUGGCUUGUCAAGACCUGCUGCAGGCAGCGAGCACUAACUCAAUGCAUGGAGUGAUGGCGGCGCUGCGGAGGUGUCUGCUUGAGGUACCGGAGGGGGCAGUCUCCAUGCUGAAGGGGGAGCACGUGCAGAGCUGGCAGGAACUCCUCAGCCAUUUGGUGAUCUUGCUGGGAGACAUCAGCACCUUCCUCCUGGGGGUGCUCCAGAGCAGGCAGGGGCCCAACGCCAACCAGCCAGCAGCUGCUCCUUCAUUUGCAGACAUGGUAAAUGCUAUUGGCUCCCUUAUCAUGCUGGGGAAAGGCCUGGAGCAGCAGGAUGGGGAGGACUCCAUCCUGCUGUCCGAGGAGCACAACCUUAUCCUGACCUGCUGCUGGGUCUCCGUGAAGGAAAUAGGGCUGCUCUUGGGAGGCCUCGUGGAGAAGAUUCUCCCUCUGGCACCACCGGCAGGGCCUGAGCCGCUCCUGCCACUCACGGUGGUCAAGAUGGCGGCUAGAGUGUUUCAGGAAGUGCUGCUGAAGUGCCGGCACUGGGGAGCAGUUGAAGGCUGCAGCAUGGGAUUCACCAAAUUUUGCACUGCUUUGCUGAAUCAUCCUCAUGCAGAACUGCAGGCGGUGCCAAGAACGAUGCUGGCACAGGGUUUGGAAUUGUUAAGCGGCCCCAGGAGCAGCUCCAUUACCCGCAGGGCAGCCGGCUUCCCCAUGCUCUUCCUGUGUAUCGUCGGUGGGGAGGAUCCCUCCCAGGCGCGCCCUCUGCUAGCACACUGCAUCCAGACUUUACUGGCCUUGGCCAACACGCCUCUCCCGCAGAACUGGGACCAGACGCUGGACCUCCCUCAGGUCUCUGCCUUGCACGUGCUGCAGACACUGGUGCGUGGCUCUGGCCUAGGAACGGCGCUGCUACAGUAUGUCACGCCUAUGAUGGCUCUGCUUCUGAAGGCACUAGGCUCUUCUAGCUGGGCCAUGAGAAACGCAGCCAUCCAGCUCUUCAGCGCCCUCACAGCUCGGGUGCUGGGUCCGAAGCGGAGCCGGGAUGAUAGCUGUGCUCAGGACGGGGUGAGCCCUCAGGUGUUCUUCAGCCGCUACCCGCAGCUGAGGGAGAUCCUGCUGGGAGAGCUGCACUCAGCUCUGGAGACGGCAGGAGAGCCGGAGGGAGGGAGGUUUCACCUCUGUCCCUCACUCCAUGCCAUCCUCACGCUCUUGGCAAAACUCCAACCCAGGGCAGAUGGACUGAGCAGCGUCUCCACUUGCUUCCUGGAGCCCUUGCUUCAGCUUGCAGGAAACCCCAUCUACGCUGUGCGAGUGAUGGCAGCCAAGGCCCUGGUCCCUGUUGUCCCUACAGCUGAAUACGGGAAGAUCCUGCUGCGACUGGCUGGGGACUUAGCUAAGCGAGGCGGUGUCCUAUCCCACAACACACUGCAUGGGCGUCUGCUGCAGAUACGGGCUCUGCUGGCUUACACUGCAGACACGAACUGUUUGUCACCAGAUGCCAUGCGGUCUGUGGCUCACCAGAUGGAAGGCCAGUUCUGGUUGGUCACCCCUGCACAGCAGUGCCCUCUAAUUCGCUCAGCCUACCUCCAAGUCAUCUCCCUCUUGGCAGGGAGCUGCACCCAGGGUUUUGCAAAGCGUUUUCGAGAGGUUGUGAGCAGUGAACUGGACAGCCUCGGGCCAGGGCAGAAGGCAAGAUCUUCCAAGCUUCAGGUGGGCUCCGCUGUGUUCCAUCAAGUCAUCACCCACUUCCUCUGCAAGGAGGCAGCAAGCCUGGCUGGGGCUGAGAGAGUUGGUGCAGUUUGCUUGCUCCUCCAAGGGGCAGAUGUUGAUAUCCAAUCAGCCAUCCUGACAUGGGUGAUUGAAGGGGAGGAAGAAAGAAGCAAGGACUUAGAGGAGAGUCUCCAGCUGACGUUACUGGAGAACCUAAAGUCAGUGCUACAAGGUCGGCGGGACAAGGAGUUCUUGAAGUUAUACCUGGAGGCUUUGGUGCAUCUGUGCUGCAAUCCUCCAUCCCAGGCCCAGGAUGUUUUCCAUAAACUCUUGGGUCCUGCAGCAGCAUGUGUGUAUGUCCUGCUAUCUAUGGUGGAAACAGAGUCUCCUGGCCCAGACCUCCUCUUCCAGGCACUCUCUGUGAUCAGCUUGCUCUUUGUCCUGGGUUCCAAGCUUCGGGAUUAUCCCCUGCUUGAGCGAUGGUGUGUGAUGCUGGAAAGAUGCAGCAGAUCCAUUUCUUCGGAGGUGCUGAGACUGGCAGCGGCAAGGUCUCUCAAGCUGGCAGGAGCUGACGUGGUUCAGAGUGCCCUGGAAGCCUCCUGCCCAUCCCUGCUGUCGGUGGCUGUGCGUGUGAUGGACAUGGGCAUUUACCUGCUACAAGAUGAGGAUCCGGAAGUACGGCGUGAAGCCUCUGUCUUCGCCAGCCUUGUUCAGCACGUGUCGGGAGCGCAGCCUCAAGAUAGUUGUGUAUUCAUCCAGGGUAACAGAGGGCUGGUGUGCCUGCUGCGUGUCCUGCUGGAAAAGUUCUGGGGCUGCCAAGAAACCUUUGAGUUUUUGCUUCGGCACCUCCCCACGCUGGAUCUCAGCAACAUCUUGACAGAACUGGAGGCCAACAAAGCGGUCAGUCUGUAUAAAGAAGACGAACCCAAUGUUUUUGCAGAACCAGCUGUCUUAUCCCGACUGCUGCUCCCCUUCCUCCUCCAGCUGCUAGACAGGGCGCCCGCCUCUACUCGGCUUUGUGAGUUCACUCAAUGCUGGCUGAAAGCCACCGGACCCAGCAUCUUACACAACCUGCAGCACUGCAAGCACUGGUGGAGCCGAGAGGCCAUUGCACCUUUGCAUAUGAAAGCUCUGGGGUGUGCAAAGGUGCAUGCUGCUGUCACAGCGCUACUGGUGAAGGCUACACUUCUGGCCCACAUGCUGGAUGGUCUGGAAAGGACCCACAUCAGUGCUUCAGAGAUCCACUGCACUUCCCAGGAGCUGAGAAGGGAGCUUGUGCUGGUACAGGAACUGCUGGCCCAGCAUGGAAUGGCCCCCACCUUCAGUUUAGACUAUGGGAUCACAGAUACAAGGUCCUCAGUAAGAGCUGUCUGAUCAUCCUGGGUGGCAGAACUGUGUUGUACUGAGUUACCAUGAGCCAUUAGCCAAGGGGCAGAGUGUGCGCUCUUCACACUGUGCUUUAGAUGUCUGUUCUGAGACACUGCUGGAUCUCUGUGCUCACCUUCCUGAUUUCUCCUCUGCUGGGAGCCAUCCAGAACUGGUAGGUUAUUGAUGUAACUCAGGUGCUCCCCAUUCACCAGCCAGGAAAGGGCAGUGGUACACUGUCCUACUACCCGGGAUCCAGGCCCCUCUCCCCCUCAGGUUAUCUUGGUUCCUCAGACUUAUUUUAUCAACCACACAUUCUCUGGAUCAGGCCAGGAGGUGACAGCUUCCAGUUCUUCAUUUAGAGGGCAGCUUUGCAAAUUACAUCACUACCAACAUAAAAUACCAGUGAUGGUCUUAGCCCAUGUUUCUGCUCCUCUCUACCUGAAAAGCAUAGGCUCCUUGGUAUGCCCAAUAUUCUCAGGUCAAGACAUUGCUUCCCUGUAAUGAGGAGAGUUGGAUGCACUACUCCCCGAAGGACCAGAGAGAACACAUCUCAAACUCGGCUCCCCCACACUUAUUUCACUUUUUUUUAAUCCAGGUUUGUGGCUCCUGUUAUAAGGAGUCAAUAAACAUGCUUUUGGCUGAAUAAAGUGUCGCUUGGACUUUAUCACUAAUAAAGAGUCCUAAUUGGGUGUUGCUAUUACUCCGUGUUAUAAA